AUGUCCGUAGAGCGCAGGUCUCCCUCGAUUGAGACGCGCUCGCUUCUUAACGAGAGACCUCCUUCCUACCACUCUACGGAUGACGUCAACCGCACGCCCCGCUCGCCCUCCAUUUCGGCGCCAGACCCACCGCCGAUCAACCAGUUCUCAAGAGGUGACAUAUGCUGGAUCCUUGCAGGCCUGUGGUCUGGCGUUUUAUUGGGCGCCUUUGAUGGGACCGUCGUCGCGACUCUCUUAACACCGAUUGGGAGUGAAUUCAAGGCAUCAAAUCAAUCGUCAUACAUCGGCACUGCAUAUCUACUCUCCGUAUGUUGUUUUACGCCGCUCUAUGGACGCCUAGCAGAUAUUCUUGGUCGAAAAGGGGCGAUGCUCCUCGCUUUGUCGCUUUUUGGUUCUGGCACUAUAUUCUGCGGAAUGGCUCAAUCAAUGAACGCGCUCAUUGCCGCCCGCGCUGUAGCAGGGAUGGGAGGAGGCGGCGUGAUGACAGGCAAGUAUCACAUGAGUCUCGAGUAUUGCCGUCACCGACCUUAUACCACUCGCGGUCUAUAUCAGGGAAUGGCCAACAUUUUGUAUGGUCUUGGUGCUGCUUUAGGAGGACCCCUUGGUGGCUGGGUCAAUGACAUGUUUGGCUGGCGAAGCGCGUUCUACAUGCAGGCGCCACUGCUGGCGUUUAGCUUCAUCGUAGUCGCCACGAAGGUCAAUAUUCGACUCCCAGAUACAGUUCAAAACCAAAGCCUAUCAGAUAAAUUGCGCCGAAUCGACUUUCUUGGUUCAAUCACUCUUGUCGGAGCCGUUGGCUGUUUGCUUCUUGGGCUAAGUUUGAAGUCAACAGAAGACAUGCUUUGGACACACCCACUAAUUAUCGCCCUGCUCCUUGCUAGCGCCUUCUUUCUCGCUUUCUUUAUCCUAGUUGAGAAGUACUGGGCCCUAUACCCUGCUAUGCCAUUACGACUAGUUACUCAAAGGACACCUCUGGCAGUUUCACUAUCAAAUCUUUUGAUCAGUAUGGCCGUCUUCUCCAUGCUCUAUAACGCGCCCAUAUUUUUUGCUGCCGUACGACUGGAUUCUGCUACUGUCGCGGGAAUGCGGCUGUUACCACAUUCUAUUGCUAUCCCAACUGGUAGCGUCUUUGCCGGCUGGUUCAUGCGACGAACCGGGAAAUUAUACAACUUGACCGUCGUGUCUUCAGUGAUGACCGUUUUAGCGAGUAUUCUCGCAAGCCGCUGGAGCGAGGGCACCCCUGCGUUCUAUCUUUGGGCGGAUUUAAUUCCUCAAGGAUUCGGCAUGGCCAGCUUUAUCACAACUACACUGAUCGCCAUGAUUGCCGGAGUUUACAAGGAGGAUAUGGCUGUCGCUACCGGAAUUACUUACCUUUUCAGAACAACGGGGCAAGUGCUUGGAGUGAGCUUGGGCGGUACCAUCUUGCAAGCCGUGCUCUUGCGAAAGUUGCGAAGUCGGAUUCAGGGGGAAGGAUCCACAGAUCUUAUUUAUCGUAUCCAACACAGCACGCAGAUUAUACCCACCUUAGAACCACAUUUGCGAAAAGCUGCGGUGGACUCUUAUGCAGACGCCUUACGCGUCGUUUUUAUAUUCCAAGCUGCACUUGGCUUUCUAGGUUUCCUCGCUUGCCUACCAAUCCAAGAAAGCGCCUUGCCGGGGAGCCGAGAGGAGCAAGAACAACAUUAUCGGAACCAGGAGAACGCGGAAAGUGGGAGCGAACGCAAUUAG